AUGUCAUUGUUCUUGACUGGAUUCAGAUUUGGAGCUGCGGUUCCCGCUGUUGCUGAAGUUUUGGCAGGCUUGAUUCCCCGUAUUCCCACCGUUGGCCUUCGCAUUGAUUUGAGAUCUCAAACUGAAGGAGACCAAAGAUUAAGGGAAUUAAAAGAACAAAUUGAAGCCAAUGAAGGUGAAUCUCCUUUUAUGAUAGAUAAUGGAACCAUAUUAAAGGCUGUACCCAAAAAGAAGCCUUCAUAUCGCAAAACCAGAACCAAGUUUUUGGCAUCCGGAGAUAAAAAGAUCAAACCUUUGGAAAACAUCGUGAGAUGCCCUGCUUGUGGUCACGUCAAGAGAUCUCAUUUCAUGUGCAUGAACUGUUUUGGUGAAAUCAAGACAUUCUUGAAAGCUAAGAAGAGGGAGCUUUUGGGUGAGAUUGAAGUGAAAUCUCCAUUUGAAACAAUGGAUGAUAUCGACAAGAGAAUAGUGUAUACUUCUAAGAAGGAUAAUGAGCCUUUGGAAAUGAAGGAUAAGAGUUCAUGGAUUCCUCAAAGAGAGCAACCUAUGAUUUAUUCAAAAGACCACCUAAGAAAGCCAAAGAGAAAGUAA